UCCCCAGUGCGCAUGUGCGUCACCCCACACGUGCGGUGAACGUUUGGAGUUGGUGAAUGCGACAGAGCUUAGAGAGUUCGUAGCGCUGCAAAACUAUUACUACUUACAUAAAACACAUAUUGCGUCUUGUUGCCCUUUCUAACCCAGGUGAAAGAAAAUAGUCCUCCGUGAAGCAUUUCGCCGAGAGGGCCGGAAUACCAGAAAAAAAACUAUUCACAAUGACUGAAGCUCAAGUGAACCCAAAGGCCUACCCAUUAGCCGACGCCACGCUCACCAAAACCAUCCUGGACCUGGUGCAGCAAGCCUCAAACUACAAACAGCUGAGGAAGGGAGCCAACGAAGCCACUAAAACCCUGAACAGAGGCAUCGCUGAGUUUAUUGUGAUGGCUGCUGAUGCUGAACCACUGGAGAUUAUCCUCCACCUGCCACUGCUCUGUGAGGACAAGAACGUCCCGUACGUGUUCGUCCGGUCCAAGCAGGCCCUGGGGCGGGCCUGUGGGGUGUCACGCCCCGUCAUCGCUACCUCAGUCACCAUAAAGGAGGGGUCUCAGCUCAAACCGCAGAUUCAGUCUGUUCAAAUGGCUAUUGAGAGACUUCUUGUGUGAAUUGUUUUUUUUUGGGUUUUUUUGCACUGACAAAAGUCUCCUUGAAAAAAAGGAGACAAAUUCCAGAUUGAAAAUAAUCUUGUCUCCUGUUUUAUUAAAAAAAACAGCAUGAUGUUUCAAUUUCUUUUCUUUUUAGGACAGUGCGUCCAUUUCAGUGUAUUGGUGUGUCAUGGCAUCACCUGAUUCAUAAUUAAACAUUUUUUUAUUUAAA